AUACAAUCUUACACAUAAUGAUUUAAUUGGUGUAUGGCUCUCGACAUCAUAACCGACAAUACUUUUCUAUUAGCCUAACUGUGACUCAACAACAAUCCACAUGUUAGCCUACUGAUUGUUUGAGUGCCUCAGGAAGUACUGCGAUACCUGUCUGCAUGGCGGAAUAUUUUGCGUUUAGUUUAGGUGGUUAGUUAAAAAUAGUAAUGUAGCAAUGGAGUGAGCUCCAUGUAAUAUGUCUAGUAUGAGCCAGUUGACAGGGCCUAAUGACGCUUCACUUGAGCAUUGCUUCACUAAUAUUUUCGCCUUGACUGAUUUCAGUGGUAUACAGUACAGAAAAUACAUCCUUCAUAAUCCCAAAGAGUAUCAUGACCCGCUAAACGAUCCAAUUAUUAAGUCCUACACACUGUGCCAAAAGUAUGGCGUUCUUUCAGCCUGGGUGCGCUCAAAGCCAGAGUCAUCUGACUUAUCAAAUCCUUGCGCUUUUUCGAAGUUUGCUAAAGAGCUCUGGGUGUUUUGGUAUGGAAACGAUGACUUUCCAAAUGCUGAUAGCUGUAUACUGCCAGAACUCCGUAGGGAGGACCAUGGAAACUGGCGACAAGGUUUAUCAUAUGAAACAAGAACUGUGUUGUUUCGAGCCUUGCACAACGUUGUUGAAAGAUGUCUGCUUACUAAAGGGUUUGUGCGCUUGGGCAAAUGGUUUGUACAGCCUCGUAAAUGCGGUUGCAACGAUGAAAACGUACAGUACAGUGUCAGUUUUUCGUUCUUCCUACACGGUGAGAGUACGGUGUGUGCCAGUCUCGACAUUCGUCAACACGCUGCUGUCCAAAGAGUUGGAGUUGAACACAUUCAGAGUUGUAUCACAAGUCAGUCAACCAUACCCGUCAUCCUGGCACCUUAUGGAAUAUCUGCAGAGCUGACGGGUUUCGGUUUUGAAAAGAAAGACAGAGAUCUGAUGGUUGAAUCAGAAGCAUGGUCGACUUUUUACCCCCUCAGGCCCAGUCACGAAUGUGACCCUUCUAUGAGUGGUGUAACUGGUCUGCCGUUUUUCGCUAUGGCUACUCCUACGCAUCAGAAUCCACGUCAGCAGAAUAGAUUUAGUAAUGAUAAGAAGCGGACAGUGGAAGAAAUCAAUCGACGGUGUCUAGAUACCCCACCCAAAUUUGUUGAGGUGAUUGUCGAUGGUUUCCGUAUGAGAUACCCAAUGUGCUUUGUUCUAAUAACCUCUGUAAACGAUUCACCUAGUCAACCGGAAUAUAACCCAACACCUUACGAUGAAGCAAUCCAUUUAUCAGACGUUUCCGGUCAUAAUUUAUCUACGAACGUAUCAGCGCCCUAUAUGUCGAACAAAUGUUCUAUGUAUAAUGCCCAUAUUCCAAAUAAGAUAAAAACAUCACGCUUCUGGAGAGUAAACAAACGGAGAAAACGCCCGUCUAUAAAAAUGAACACACCUGGGACGUCUUUGCUGAAAGCAGUUAUUCCUAAUAGUUCUUUGCAGUCUGAUUUCUUAGUAGAUGUUCGUCAUAUCUAUCUAGCUGGAAGAACUCUCCAGUGUGCAUCGCAACAUAAUCGUCUUCCUUCUAUGAAACCAGAGUGGCAAUCAAAACGGUCACAUUCUACUGAUAAAAGUGAUAUGGGUUGUAGUACUAAUGGGCUCAUAACUUCAGUAUCACCCGAAAUGUGCUCAUUGUACAUACAAGAUCCAUGUACUAUCUUGCAGUGCUGCUGCAACAGGUUUUCUCGGGUUCGUCACACUUCUGUUGGUGGUUCGUUUCAUCAGCAAGAUCCCUGUAUCCGACAUUCUUUGAAGUCAUCUAUUCAUUUCAAUGUCCCGCUCUGUGAUCGUCCAAGGACUCCACUCCCAAUGAUUACAACCAACUUAACUGCAACCCACGACCCAUCCAUGCCUACUCUGAGCCCUCAGCAACCAGCUCCAAACCAAAACUCAAACCUUAGUUCUAAUACCCUCAAUGAAUUAAAUAACGAUUUCGUUUGUGAUCAGAAUACUUCCCAGACCACACCUUCAUCCACUCACCUUUCAACAGCGCCACAACCUCCAUCACUUCUUCCUAAACCUGAAAGUAACUCAACUUUAUCUUCGAUUGUAAAGAUACCUAACGGUUUGGUGACCACCGAUUCACCCGUUUCUUCAGAUCAUCAAACGCAAUAUGCAAAAAUGUCAGCCCGACACAUUCCGAUCGCUUCUGUAUCUGUAAUGAAAAGGAAUUUAUUCAAUACUUGGUUAGCCAGACAUGCAGCCCAGGAAUUGCAGAAAGAACCAUCUAGUGACAUAAAGCGUCCAAGCUUAUGUCUUAGCAUUCCAGAUCGAAUUGAAAGAGAACAGUAUAUAUGUCCAGAAGGCAUUGCUUUGCAAUCUGCCCUUGAGCAAUCAUCCCCAUCCUUCCCGAAUUAUAGUAUUAUCGAUGACAAUACAUCGUACAAAGAAAAUAAUGUAACUACUGACGAGUAUUCGUUUAGAAACAAAUGCCCUCGUACUGCUAUCUGCCGCACUGAUUUCAACGAAUGCAGUUUGAAUGAUGGCGCACAAGGAAUUACGACAGAUAUCACAAAUGUCAACUUCACUUCUGCCAAUCCAUAUUCCCCGGAUAUGAAGGUCGGAGUUGCAGAGUGCAAUGGUUUAAUCGAUGACCAACACAUUAAUCCAGGAGCAUUGGAAACAAAUACUCAUUCUGGAUUGAUGCAUUCUAACGGUUCCGUCAUGAAUAAUUCAAGUGGCACUUUCAGUCGCAACGUUGGACUAAUCACUCACAGAGGAGUCAGUCUCGCUAGCAGUACCGGUUCUGGACCGAUCGGACCAGCAGAACUAGCUUUAAUGCUUCCCACACCACCAUCCCAUGACGCACCUCAACCUAGUCCUGUUGAUGGUGUUUCAGUGUCCACCAACCGUAUGAACCCUUCAACAACUUCAGUAAGCACCCCUGGGCCUGGCUCUCCGUCUGUUCAAACAAUCCAGGACUCAUUAUCUUCCAAUGUAACAGACACAUCAUCACAUUCGAUUCCUGUACCUUUCCAGUCUGCCAAUUCGCCACCGUCUUGUCAAAAUCAGGGAUUAUGGCAUCUUGCUAAACUGCCUUGCAUUCAAAACCUCGGUAGCGUCAGCAUGGAAUCUCAAGAAUGGUCUUUCGUUCAACCUUGCGCUGCCUAUCUCGGUAUGACAAGUAACUAUCAAAUCCCUCAUGACGAAAUUUCAUUAUUCGCAAAGUCUCUGCCUCAGCUGAAAUGGUCGUAUGACCAUCGUGCAUCAAACCAAAAAUCUGUCACGUCAGAUUGUUCAGAUCCACAUUUUACACCUAAUGGGUUGGUCGUCAACACUGGGAAUCAGUCUGUGACAUCUAAGUCUUGGCUAACGUCUCCCAAUUAUUUUUCUUCAACUUCAUUACAUCGAAAUGUUGCAAACGCUGAUAAUAAACCUUGUUCACCUCAACAACUGAAUGAGUCUGGGACUACCUAUUCUAUCACAGGGUUUGUGAAGUCAGCAGAUUGUACGAAUCCUAAUACCAAUUACGUAGAGGAUUACACCGAGUGGUUAGCCAGCCUACUUGAAACCAAUGGACUUUUAGUAAAUUUAAUCCUUUCAGAUUCUAUGCUAAAUUUAUUCAAAGACCAUAAUUUUGAUUCCUGUAACAUUUGUGAAUGCACGUCAUCCAUACUUGGCUCUGAAAUUGGUCUUUACUUAUCCAAUUCAAUAUCUACAACGUCACCUUGUAGUAGAUCAGGACGAACAAACACUUCAACUUUUGGAAGUCAUGACCUAGUUGGCGGGUCUGGGUUCCAUUUUACACGAGGAUGUAAAUGUGGUUUCAGUGCUGUGAUGAAUCAGAAAUAUGUAGUUAAUGGAAAUUUAUUCUAUGAAGAUGAGAUUGAAGUAACCCGAUUGUCUGUUCGGUCUUCUUUGAGUCAGAACAAUGAAAAUCCAUAUACUCGUCCACCGAACUACCGAACACGUCCAGGUUGGUGGGUAACCAGUUCUCAUCCUUCUGUUAGUCAUUUGCUUUUACUUCAACGGAUAAUGAGUAGCGUAUUUGAAGAAUUUAGUGUACGACAGAUAACUGAUCAACUAAGAUGGAAUAUGUUGUCGUGUGACCAAGUCAUUAAAGAAAAUAAACUAGAAUAUGAUGAUGCUUGUGCCCUAAUUGCGUCGGCUAUUCGCAAUUCCGUUGAAACAGUGCGUCCACGCAGAGUAGUUGGCCAUGUUGACAAUAUUGAUUCCAUUGUCAAUGGUACACCUCACCCGGCUUCCGAAACUGGUGCGUAUAUUCACCCAUCUUUUUUUCUAAAAGCUCAUUCUAAGAUGCCUCAAAAUCAAAACGACCAGAUUCGCUUAUUGACAACAAUACGUCCUUGGCUUCAGGAGGCCAUUUCGUCUACUCGUAUGUUAGAAUCAAACUAUACGGUUGAUGGACCAUUAACUUGGAAAGCAUUUCAUCAACUUGCUGGUCGAGGCUCUGAUGAAACUUGUAAACCUCAACCGAUUCCUCAGUUGCGCGUUAGCAGUUGCGACCAAGAAAACUUGUUAAUUUCUCCAUUCGCUCUUCGUGAUUGGGACCGAUUAUCACUAUUUCCAUUAUCGCGACCUAAACGUAUUGCUUAUGCUGUGAUCUUGCCUUCUGACUCUCAUAUAUUCUCUGAUUUGACAUCUAAUAUUCCUAAUAUUCUAAUGUCUGAGGGCACUGAUGCAAAUUCUUCAUCGACCUCAAACUCAUUAAGACGUACUCUUGUUGAUUUUCUGAAAGAACUGUCACAUACCUAUGAAGCUUGCCAUCUUGGCCAGCAUUUCCCGUAUUACAAACCAGAAGCAGGUUCGCCUGAUACAGCGUUUAUACCCGUCUUUCCAAAUCCAGAACGUCUUUCAAUAUCAGAAUCUGAUAACUUCGUAAGUAUUCAUCCGGAUCUUCUGAAAACUCUUACAGAACAACUAGGUAAUCAUUCACUAUGUGGAGAAUCAAUACUACGACUUAUUCAAAACUACGCCUGCUCUUCAGUGAACUCCGCCAUAGCUGCAUUGAAGAAACACGGUGUUGCUGUGGAGUUUAGUUUUGAUACGAAUCUUCGCUCUGCCUUGUUCCCACCUUUUGAAUCAAUAAAAUCAGAGAAGCCUAGCGUCCCUGUAAAAAUAAGUCAAGAUGAUAUAAAAUUGAAUAUUGUAAACCGACUUUCAGUUCCAAGCAGAAUGGAUAGUGGCUACUCUGUACGCUACAGUAAUGGUGAUGGUUCCUUCACCACAUCCUUGGAUACAUCCUCUUGGGGAGCGGGGAGUGAUGUUUAUUUAGUAAUAUACAUUCUAAAUCCUUUCUGCUACUUGUAUGAUAUCAGUAUGGAGCUUGGUCGUCUUGUUAUGCAGUCAUUAGUCGGUUCUGCCAAUCAUAUAUUGAAUUCCUUACCUGAAUCAUGGCGUGCACGUGUCACUACACAAAUUUUAUCAGUUGAUCAUGUCAUGUCUGACUAUUUGCCCCGUUUACGACCUUUAGCACUGGCAAUUUACACAUCUGUGAAUCGUUUCAUUGAGCCCAGUUUAAUAAAUGCAAAUCGUACAUUAACGGGUAUAGGUCCAGCAGCUGAAAAAGAAAUUAUUUCAAAUGAUAAAGACAGCUUCCAUAAACGAACUAUAUUUGCGCCUCCAUAUACGCUCAUGAACUCACGUGAUGUACUCAGUCAACUAGAUAUUUCAUCAGAACCUAUUGACCGGUCGUCUGUUUUAUUUGUUGCAUAUUGUCUUUCACAAGAUCAACAAUGGCUUCUUGCUACAUUUACAGAUGAACAAGGUGGAUUAUUAGAUCAUACUUUAAUUAAUAUUCGUGUCCCAGCAAGAUAUUUUACUGAAAUAGAAAAUCAACGUUUUCAGCCAACAGAAUCAAAUAAACAUAUUUUAAGCCCUCGUCGUAUUGGGCUUGCACGACUUUGGGAUUAUAUUAUUAAUUUGAUCAGUCAAACUGCCAACGCUUGGCGACUUGUAGUAGGAAGAAUUGGUAGGUUGGGACAAGGAGAACUAAAAGGUUGGAAUGGACUGUUAGGACGCAAAAGCCUUCAGGAUGUAAAUAAAUUUUUUCGAGAGCGCUGUACUGCAUGUAGUAUAUCAUCUUGUGUUCCUUCACAUUCGUCAUCCAUUAAUAAUGGUUCUAAGCCUAUGUUGAAUCUAGUCAAUAGUUUCACUGGAGCCAGUAGUUGUACUCAUGAACUCCCAAGUUUAAUCAGCGCGUGUCUUGUUUCUCUCGAACCUCAAAGCACAUUUCGUGUAUAUCCUGGUUUUGGUUUGUGUUCAGAUGAAUCAUGGACGUACGGAGGUGGUGGAGGCGGUGGUAACACAGGUGGUGGUGGCUCUGGAAGUGCAGGUAGCACUGGUGGUAGUGGUGGUCUGAGUAACGGCGCUAACAGUGCAUUUUAUGGAGCCAAUGCUUCACCAUUAGCUAUGCGUAUGAUGUCACUUUUAGGUACUCCAACAACGUCUACAGAAACACCUAGUGCAACCCAUAUUCUUGUCUUUCCUACUAGUACUUCAGCAAGUGGUGUGUCUGAACAUGAGCCUUCAGGAUUAGCUGAAGUCAUCUAUGGGAUGGGGUCCGAUGAUAUUAAUGUAUUUGACUGGCUUCUUCCCAACGAUCCUGGCCUUGAUGAUCUCGUUCCUCCAAACGGAUCAACAGCAGAAAUGUUGGCUGACUUCGGUAAUCCAUCUGAAUUAAAUUUCGGCUUGUCCGACCUAGGUCCACCUGUUUGUGUCAGUGGUGUUAAUGAUGGUACGGGGAAGUCAUCUAAUGGUAGAUUAGGCGAUGGUAGUGAUGUUUUGCAUGGACACACUGAGUACGCUGUCGGUUUUCAUGAUAAUCGGGGACAUGGGUGUUCUGAUGUUAUGGGUUUACGUGGACUUGAUUCUGGACUACUGGAUUUGGGACCAAAUCAUGUAAGUAACGUUGGAGGUUAUUUGAGUGAACAUUCAUUCGGUCAUGCUAUAAAUCCUCUCAACACAAUGCCAUUCGGAAUACAUGAUCCUACAGUAAGUAAAUUGUUCGUGUAUUCAUUUGAAUUUCUCUUUGUUUUGAUUUAACAUCAGGUUGUCUAACGUAAACAUCAGGAUUAUCAUAUUUAAAACAUUGUAGUCUCCUCAUGUCACACCUGUUAGUUAUACAACAAACGACUGCUUGAUCAAUUCUUAACUGUUUUAUAGUCUCUGAUUUGUCCAAACUAGUGUAUGAACUUAAAGUUGUGGUUUUGGUUUCUUGUACUUUGGUCACUAAGAAAUAAAUUACAAAAUGAAGCAAUUUCAUCAUGAACGAUAAAGGAUAUUGUUCGUGAAUCGCGUGUAUUUAUUCGUUAUUAGUAGUUUUAUGAUUUCUGUGUAACAUUCAUCAUAAUUAUAACAUUUAUAUUGAUUUUCUAUGCUGUUUAUCGUUUUUCUUUAUAAUUAGACGUUUUUACUUGGUUCUCUUAAUUCGUUUCAUAGUAUGUUUGUACAGUAAACUGUAAUCUUAGAUAACUUUGGUCUAACAAGUUGAAUAUACUACGUUAAAGAUCGGAUUUAGAUUUGAAAGGCGACAAUUCCAAAAUCUAGUUUCGACCAAGGUUUCUUUUUCAACCUUAGUUAUUGUCAUUUGAUAAUUGUAGAGAUAUUUUGCUUCGUUCAAUUAAUUUGUCAUCAUCUAAACGUAUUGAGAUACAGGGUAGUUUUACAAUAAGGUGGCAAACUGCAGUUCUCAGUUGUACGAUAAUAAUGCUCAGUAUUGAAUGAUUGUAGUAAGAUUAAAACGUAUUCAUAAAAUGCUACUGGUAACUAAUUUGGUUGGAAAUGUUUCGGCAAUCCGUCUAACACGUAUAGUUUUGAUCGAAUAUCUAAUUUGUUUUGUGUAUUUCGUUUUGUUUACUAUUAAAUCUACCAUUUUUACUACUUAGGAUGAAGUGGGAAGUUUAAUGCAACAACCCUUGGCCAUGGGAUAUUACAUAUCUACAGCUUCUGCUGGUCCACUGCCCUCGUGGUUUUGGAUUGCUUGUCCGCAUUCCAAAUUUCAGUAUCCAGUUUGUUUGAAGUCUGCUCUGCAUUUACAAACUACACUGGUUGGUGUUGAUGAUGCUGCAGCCGCAGCUCCUCCACCGACUGGGGGUUCAAGCGGUCCGGGAGUUGGACCGUCGUCAAAUCGUCCGGGACAUCUUCUAGAUUCAAGCAGCACAUGUGAUGUAUUAAGAUACGUUUUAGAAACAUAUAAUGCUUUAUCUUGGUUAACCAUUGAUCCAACAACAAACGAUCGUAGAACUUGCUUACCUAUUCACAUUCUUUCCUUAUCACAAAUAUACCAGGCUUUUGAAGCAUUCACUUGAUUUUACUGCAUCUCUGUAAUUUAUUUGUAGAUAUUAAGUAAUGUCUCUUUUUAAAAAAAAGAAAUGAUGGCAGCUUGUAAUAUGCCAGUAAAUCUUUCAUGAAAAUUUAAUGAUUUCUCUAUCAUAUCCCUUAUUAUUUACAUUUUAUCCUUUCACUUAUUUGUUCUUGCCAGUUUGUAAAUUGAUAUUGUUUAUUUCUAUCAGGGUAGAUAUUACUUAAUCAUAAUGUUUAUGAUAAUAAUUGUAUUACCAACCAUUUAAUUAUGUUUAUUGAUUAACCUUACAGAUAUUUCAUGUGUUAGCCUAUUGUAAUUUUUUGUACAGACUUAGUGUUUAUGCUUUUCUUUCUUGGACAAUAUAUAUAUAUAUAAAAUUCCGAAUUGAUUUGUUUAAAAAUCACUAUUGUUUAACAUAAGUCUUUUAUCAUUGUCAUGGAUUGUCUAGUCUAAAGCG